AUGACUGUAGUGUAUAUCGAUGGGACCGAGGUGUCGACCAAGGACGAACGGUGCAUCCUUUACACUAGUGACGUGCAAUCCGCUCAUCAAUACGUUCAUGUUUCUCGAGGACCACAUGCUGCCUUUGCUCAGUUACGAUGUCAAGUAGAUGGAUCAGCGGCUUCGUAUGGUCUAAUUCAAGCUCUGCAGCUGUCGGAGAGGCUUGAGACGCUUCAAGUUGACUCAAAUUCUGAGGAUAAACAUGAUUCUGAUUCAGCACCGUGUGAGUGCAAAUGCGGUGCCGUCACGAGUGUCCGUGUCGCUUUUUUAAACCGGACGAGGCCUCCCAAUGCAGUGCUACGAGGCAUGCAAAACAUUGCUAGUCGAUUAUUGGAUGGUGUCAUCGUGUGGACUGGAAGACGAUCAUCAGUGAACUGGAUGAAUUGUAGAGAUGUAAUCAAAUUUGUCGAUGUGACGUGGGGAGAGAUAGGAUCGGGAUGCUGUGAGCAGCUCGGAAUGAUCUCAAGUAAGUCAGAGGUGAUUCUGAGUUUUGAAGGAGAUGAAAAAUGUGAAAUUGCAAAGUUCAAGUCUUUGGACGAAUACAUUAAAGAAAUUGCAACUGAAGUUGGAGGCGUUGAAAGGUAUGCGAGAAGUUUGUUGCUGACAAUUUUGCAACGAUAUGGCUCGGAGCCCACUGCAAAGACAAUUAGACCGAGUGUUGGAGCGCUCAUUUGUGGCCUCCCUGGCAUUGGUAAGACAGCUCUGGCAAAGGCAAUAUGUAAGUGUCUGGGUGUCAACAUCGUAUUUCUAGCCGCGGCAGAUAUCUUUCAAACGUAUGUGGGACAUUCAGAAAAGUAUUUACUCAACAUUUUUGAUAGUGCAGUACAGCAAGCGCCAAGUAUAUUGCUAGUUGAUGGUAUCGAAGCUAUCGCUGGCAACCGACGUGAUCUUGCUAACUCAGGAAGUGCACUUGAGAUUGGAGUAUUGGGUGCGUUGCUGUCUUCACUAGAAAAGCUGAAGGCUUCAAACUAUAGGGUGUUCGUUUUGUGUACCACAAACCGUCCGGGAGAUGUGGAUGCUGCGGUGCUAACAAACGGACGAAUCGACCGAAUCGUAAAUAUUGAACCUCCCACGCAAAGAGAUCGGUCCGAGAUUCUCCGCAUCAUGACAAAAUCAUGGAGAGUUGAGGAAAUCGACCAUAAAUUUCUUAACCAAUUGAGUGAACGAACAGGUGGAUUCGUUGGAGCUGAUCUUUUGAGUCUUUGUCAGAGAGCAUUUCAAGCCUGUUUGAACGAAAUGGCGAUUUCAAAGGCAAACGAUACAAUUGUUUCAUCACGACACUUUGAACAAGCGCUUACUACUACCUACCCAUCCGUCCUUCAAACUUAUCACGUUUCACAGAAGCAGCAUCAGCCAACCUCCACGUCUGUUGAAAAACUCGGUAAAUCUAAUUUGCAGAAUGCUUUUUCUAGUAUUUUCGGAAUGGAUUAUGCCAUUCAAUCUCUUCGCGUCUCCUUACUCGAACCGCUUCAGGACUGUAGUCGAUUUUUGAAGUUCGGGACCACGCCACCCAAAGGAAUACUUAUAACAGGUCCACCAGGUUCUGGUAAAACACACCUUGCUAAUGCAGUUGCCGAAGAAGUUCGUAGUCGAGGACUUGCGUCCUUUGUGUCAGUGCAAUGUAGCGAUUUAUUGACUAAAAUCGUUGGGGACACUGAAAAAGGACUUCGUGAACUAUUUGAUACUGCCAGAAAUGCUGCGCCGUGUGUGUUGUACUUCGAUCAAAUUGAGAGUAUUGCACCACUGCGAGGCUUUGAUACGAGUACGGAGCAGACUUUUGAUCGUAUGCUUAGUAUGCUUUUAGUAGAAAUAGAUGGGUUUCACACGAGCCAAGUAAGUCUGGCGAAUGAUGAAGCACACAUGGCAUUUCUCAAGCAGCACGUAGUGAUCCUUGCCUCAACGACGAAUAAAGAACUUCUUGAUCCAGCUAUCCUUCGACCCGGACGUUUUGACGUACACAUUCGGGUCGAGCUCCCUGAUGAAAACGCGAGAUAUGCCAUCAUCGCUCAAGCUUUGGCAAAAGUCUCAGUAGAUUAUUCUUCUGACUCAGGCUGGAAUUCUCCAGGAGCACUUGCCAGACACAUGGCUAAGCAUACAAAUGGUUUAUCUGCUGCAGACAUAAAUGCCAUUCUUCGCGAGGCUGCCAUGACGUCGAUACGCGAUAAUUUAGAUGCCCAAAGCAUAGCUAUUGAGUAUUUGCUGCAAGCGCUGCCUAAACCUACGCUUGCGGGCUCGUCAACCCCAUCUCAACUAUUCGCUAGUAAGCAUACGCUUAGGAAAGACGAUAUUAAGUGUCGAGCGUCGCUUGCUUGGGAUGAUCCCUUCGCUGUGAGGGAGUUAACCAAGACAUUAUUGCUACAAGACUUUGGACUAAAAUGGCAUAUCCCUAUUAAUCGUCUCUGUCCUCCGCUACCCAAUCGCUUAAACUAUCUUCUUUGGAUCGAAGAUUUGCUCACGCAAGCGAGAUGGGAUAGCCAAGUAGAAGGAGAUCAGCCAACUCCUGUGAUUUCUGGAAUUGAUGUGGGAACUGGAGCAAAUUGUAUCUACGCAUUGCUAGGUUCAACAAUGAACAAAUGGAAGUUCAUUGCAACGGAAAUUGAUGUCGAAUCCUAUAAAUGUGCGAAAGAAAACGUAGCUCAAAAUCAACUUGAGAUGUCAAUCAACGUAAAGCAAACCUAUACGAAUGACUUGUUGCUCGAAGCUUUGCAAGACGAGCCCCCAGAGCGUACAUUUCACUUUUCCAUGUGCAAUCCGCCAUUUUUUGACAAUAUGAAUGAUGCUGACACCAAUCCGGAAUCGAGCUGCAUGGGAAGUGCCAACGAAAUGGUUUUCCCGGGAGGCGAGAUUGCAUUUAUCGAGAAGAUGAUCACAGAAAGUGAGAUACUACAAAAGCGCGUGCUGUGGUAUACCUCGAUGGUUGGCAAGAAGUCGAGUCUACGCAAAAUAUUAGCUCUUCUUCGAGGCAAGAAUGUUCAAAGUACUCGUACGACAGAGUUUUUUCAAGGACGAACCAAACGAUGGGGAAUUGCAUGGACAUUCUCGGUCGAUCUCAUCAACGAUCCUUCUGCAAAAGUACUAGGUAAGAGAAAAGAAGCUCAACGACGACAAGAACUAAGUUUUCAGGUUUCACUGAAGAGCGACGAGACACUCAAUGGGUGUACUUCAAUUGAAGAGAUACAUCAGAGAAUUCGCGAAUUUGUCUCAAUGAAAGAUGAGCUCACCGCUGAGCCGUUGGGGGACCCGAAAUGUGAAGAAAAGCAAGAGUUAAUGGUGUACAAUAUAAAAGAAUUUACCUUGGGUGAAGACGUUGCUACCAAAAAUAAUAUCAAAGUGCGUUGCGCUGGCCGACUGGAGAUAUCGAAUGACAAAGAUAUGUGUAAUAUCUUGGCUGUAUUUGAAGAGGGGGAUCGAGCCUUUUUUUGGACGAUGAUCCAAACGCUUCAAGCAGCUAUCGUUCGCACAGGCCGACAGUGGAGGCGAAAGCUGCAGCGACUUAAGGAGCGAAAACGGGUGGAUUUCUUAAGGUCAAAAGAGCUAGAUAUGUGUCUUUUCAAUGGAUUCCCAAAGACUGAGGAGCAAGGGCUAAAGUUUCUUCAAGCAAUCGGGUGA